GUUUCCAGCCGCCUGAACACACCUCAAGGAGCGCUCGAGUCCUCGGCAAUAGCGAAUUACGGAAAGCAAAACUUCUCUCUCUUUUUUUUCCGCCGCGGGUUCGCAAAGAAGAAAAGCCGCACUGAGACGUUGGAGAAAGACCUUGUGACUGCGUCGUUGGAGGACUUUGGACUUUCACCCCGUCUCCUUUGAUUCUUUUGGGACGCUGUUGAGAGAGAGGCAGAGGCAGACGUCGGUUUGCGCGCUCUGCUGACACUGACAUUUGUUGAUUCUCGAGAAGCUGUGUUUCUAAAAAGAAGCGGCUGGUAAGCUCACUUUAUUCCCCUUUUCCGACUUUAUGUCUACAAAGAUGGAACAGCCCUUUUACCACGACGACUCUUUUCUGUCGCAUUACGGCCAAUCGGACGCAGGCAUGCACGACUACAAGCUGCUGAAGCAGAAUAUGAACUUGAACCUGACAGAACCUUAUCGCAGCCUGAAAUCCCAGCUGAGGGCCGAGAUAGACCCGUACCAUGGGGGUCACCAAGACGUCGGGUCGCUAAGGCUCGCGUCCCCGGAGCUGGAGAGGCUCAUCAUCCAAAACAGUAACGGCGUGAUCACUACCCCCACCCCGGGCCAGUACUUCUACAACCGGGGCAUCACCGAUGAGCAAGAGGGCUUCGCAGACGGCUUCGUGAAAGCCCUGGACGAGCUGCACAAGAUGAACCAGAUGCCCCCUCCUAACGUGUCCAUCGGAGCCGGCGGAGCUGCGGCGUGUUCGGCGGCGGCCCCUAGCGUCUUCGGCUCAGCGCUGCAGCCGGAGCCUCCCAUCUACACCACACUGAACGCCUACUGCCCGAACACAAGCCUCUCCUCCGCCUCCAGCUAUCCAACGGCCACCAUCAGCUACCUGCCGCCGCACCAGCAGAACCACCCCCAGGGCGCGACGCACGGGACGCACCCGUUCCAACACGCGCUGCCGGGCUCUGGCCUCCAUCCGCACCGGCUCCUCAAUCUGAAAGAGGAGCCCCAGACCGUUCCCGACCUGCUUAGCAGCGACGGCUCGCCCCCGAUGUCCCCGAUCGACCUGGAGACCCAGGAGAAGAUCAAGGCGGAGCGAAAGAGGCUGAGGAACCGCUUGGCGGCAACCAAAUGCCGGCGGCGCAAGUUGGAGCGCAUCGCACGGCUGGAGGAUAAGGUGAAAGGUCUGAAGAACGACAACGUGGGGCUCUCCAACACGGCGUCGGUGCUUCGGGAUCAGGUGGCGCAGCUCAAGCAGAAGGUCCUGACGCACGUGAGCAGCGGCUGUCAGCUGAUGCUCACGAGCAAGUUGGAGGCGUUUUAAAAAAAUUACGACAGAGACUACUAAGUGACUGAGAAGUAAUAACACUGGAGCCGCGCUCUGCACGCGUAGCACCGGGAACACCGGGGCUGGUGUGUUGUCAGCGCGGACAGCAGCAGCACAGGGCCGCCGGGCCGUGCGGAGACAACUAUUUACGUUAUUUAGGGUGAAAAGACUGAGUGAAAAAAUGGUACUUCCGGAUGCUGGACAUCGCUCAAAGCACCAUUCAACCCCUGACACCGGGGCCGCAUCCAGACCGAGCGCACAGUGAGCCGGGCAGCGCGCACAGACAGACCCACGAGUCGUGGGAAUGAUUAUUAUUGUAUUUCUUUGUAUGUUUUUGCAACCGAUAAUUUCAUGCCACGCUGCAUUAUUUCAAUGUAUAAAUUAUUUGUUGUUUGUCCGGUUGACCCGGGCAACCCAAUGACGUCCAAUGUUUACACUGUCUUUCAUUUUUUAUUUGUGAUGUGUAUUUAAGUAAAGUGUCUCGAAAUGAAACUGAAAA